UGCAGUGUCACCCUUCACUCCUCCGGGAGCCUCCCGGAGGAACCCCCCCCCCAGCAAAACUUCAGGACACAUGUGACCAUGUGAACUUGCCAUGUUUCCUCGCUAAUGGGUAUCUUAUGGCGACACCAGGAGGGAAGGGACCUGUGUCCUCUUCUCUAGUGUCCUCAGGAUCGAAGCACUCGCUGAACGGGUGAAUGGAGUGUGCGUGACCGAGCGCCUCCUCGAAUAAGCCACCGCAGCGUGAUUUUGAGCCAGUCACUAUCUCCUCGGGCCUCACCCCGCGGCACCCCACCCGCAUCCCCCCAGCUGCAGGGAACUGGCCCCAGAAGCCGGGAGGAGGGACCCCGGUCCCCUCCAAGCUCAUUGACACUCUGCCUCGCUGCGUCCCAGCCGCCCACGCAGCACCUCCUCCCAGCCGCGCCCUGCCCAGCCCUUCCCCGGUGCCUGCGGUUGGAGCAGUCGGCACUCGGCCCCCACAGCACCUCCAACCCCAGACGGCUCGCCAUGGGGGCUCUGAGGCCCUGGGCCCGGUUCCCACUACUGGUUGUGGCCCACCUGCUGGCCCUGGGGAUUGGGGCUGCUGCGCUUCAGGCCCUGGAGGGGCCUCCAGCACUCCGGCUCCAGGCCAAGCUCAGGGCCGAGCUGGCCAAUUUCCAGGCAGAGUAUGGGGCUUGCCUGCCCCCCGGGGCCCUGGAGGAGCUGCUGGGCACCGCCCUGGCAGCCCAGGUACACGGGGUCUCCAGCCUGGGCAAUGGCUCAGAGGCCGGGAAGUGGGAUCUGCCCUCGGCCCUGCUCUUCACUGCCAGCAUCCUCACCACCACGGGUUAUGGCUACAUGGCCCCACUAUCGGCAGGUGGAAAGGCUUUCUGCGUGCUCUACGCAGCCCUGGGGCUGCCGGCCUCCCUCGCGCUCCUGGCCACACUGCGCCGCCGCCUGCUGCCCCUGCUCAGCUGCCCAGGUGCCUGGGUGGCCGGCCAGUGGCGGCUGGCCCCGGCCAGGGCCGCACUGCUGCAGGCGGCUGGAUGGGGCCUGCUAGCGGCUGCGACCCUCGUGCUGCUGCCGGCACUGGUGCUGUGGGGUCUGCGGGGUGACUGCAGCCUGCUGGAGGCCGUCUACUUCUGCUUCAACUCGCUCAGCACCCUGCGCCUGGGGCACCUGCUGCCGCGCCGCGGCCGUGGCCUGCACCCCGUGCUCUACCACCUUGGCCAGCUGGCGCUUCUCGGUUACUUGCUCUUCGGGCUCCUGGCCAUGCUGCUGGCUGUGGAGACCUUCUCAGAGCUGCCACAGGUCCGUGCCCUGGUGACAUUCUUUGGGUCCAGUGGCCCGUUGACCGCUGAAGACCAAGGCGACAUCCUGGGCCAGGAUGAACUGGCUCUGGGCACCCUGCCCCCCUCGGCUGCAGCCCCAGAACAGGCCCCAACUUGCUGACAGGGGCCAGGUGAGGGAGUUGAGCUCCUUUCAGAUGGACAAGACUGACGACGACGACGAUGAG